ACGUGACAUUUAGGUUGCAGGUGCUCCAAUUAUCCGCUGUUAUCAAUUGGUUUAUCUUAGGUGACAAAUUAUCUACUUUUCGGACAUUAUACUUAUGUAGUAACAAAUAUGGUGUUCUAUAGGAAUGUUUGGAUAACGUUAUUGUUUAGUUUAGCCUUUAUUUAUGGGGAUCCUGUAAGAACCGGAACUGGUGGACGUGUGGAAACUAUCGGACGGGACCUGUUCAACUCCUUUGAUGACGUCACUGACUUUGUUCGAACAUGGUUUGCCAGAAUCCACUCGCGAGUAAACCACAUACUCAACGAUGGAAAAGACAACCAUGUAAAUGAGAGGAGAAUUUUGACGAAGAGGGAAAUUAAACCACCUCCAAACUUUGAACUUGUGGAACGAGACUACCUCAUUUUUCUGUCCAAUCAGUAUCUUGAUCAGCUGUUUGACUAUGCAAAAUAUAUUAACCAUAGUAACGAAACUAGGGCUACCUUAGAUAAAGUGCUUAACGAAGAAAUCGCAAGGCUUCAGAGAAUGACAACCGAAGAACUCAAAGUUUACUGUGCUAAACUACAAGCAGCAAUGGCGCAUGGAAUCAAUCUGAACCAUGAAAUAACGGUCAAUGGACAGACUUACUCGUUAGAGAGUAUCUCGCGGGUUUGCUGUCCAUGGGGAUAAUAGCGAUGGAAGCUUUAGUUAAAUACAAUUACGAUUAUAAACUUUUAAUAUUGUUAUAGACUUUUUGUGUUUACAUGAUAUAUAGAAUAUUGUUUUACAUGUAACUUAUAUUAGAUCUAUACCUUAGGUUCUAAAAUUUCUUUAUAAAAGGAAAUAGCUUAACCCCUAACUUCAAAGGGCGUUAUAGGGGCGGUUGACUGGGCCCUACAUCUUAUGAGUGUACUCAGUGUUUUAGUACGUUUUUUAUUUUUUAUUACCGUCCCCUUUAUUUUCGGAGUGCACUAUGGAUCCUCCACUUAUGUAUUUUAAUGCGAUUUUAAUAAAGAAAAUAUAAACUCUACUGAGAUUACUCCCUAUUUCUCUCCUACGGUGUGUUUGCUUUUCACACAUCGUUAGCUUUCCUGGUGCGUCUGUAGCGACACUUAUAUUUGAACGAACACAAUCUUUGUAAAGUUGGAAUGUCAAGAAUUUGGUAAAGAAAUACUUUAUUAAAUUCUUCCAAAGACUCACAAAUCUGGUUUUAUAGUUUGGCUUAACCUGCAGAAUAUUUGUAACAAACGAUAUCUUAAUUCCUAGCUUUUAAACCGAUGUUUAUUGUUAUGGAGCCCGUCGAUUUAGAUAUGAUCAACCUAAUAUAAAAAAGAAGAUGUGGUAUGAUUGCCAAUGAGACAACUACCCACAAAAGACCAAAAUGACACAAACAUUAACAACCAUAAGUCACCUUACGGCCUUCAACAAUGAGCAAAGCCCAUACCGCAUAGUUAACCUAAAGUCAGUUAUCGUUAAAGGUUAUAAAUUCAAUGUCUUAGAUAUCUUUGAAUAUGAUUUUAUCGAUCGGUACUACGUUGAUUUUGUUUUUGAUCAAUUAUAACGUAACUAAAUAUGUGUUGCUCUGCAGAUAUUGAAACUUAUGAUUCUACAGUUACUGUAUGUACAUGCUUUGUACGUAUAUGUUGGCAUUUUACCAGGUCAUGUAUAUCCAUUGUGUUUAUAAAAUUGUUAUGAUAAAUCCAAUGGAAUUGUAUUGGUUGAUACUUUAGAAUGAGAGAAGGAUUAGUUUAUAAGUUGUAAUCGGCUUUAGAUUAGCUUUCAGCAACUAUUUUUUUUACCGAU